CCCAAAGCCUACACCUUUUUAAAUCCAAUCAUAGAUAUUAUCCCAGUAAUCCCUCUCUUCUUUUUUCUAUUAGCCUUCAUUUGGCAAGCUGUUGUCCCGAAGGUGAACACUUUCCGAAUUCUCGGAUUGGGCUAG